AUGCCUGUGAUUGCGGCGGGCGUGCAAUCCGGGCGGCGUCUCAUGAUCACGGUCGCCGCGGCAGCGCGCCUGAAGGGUAACAUCACUUGCAUCCUUGAGCAUCACGACAUCUUUCUGCCCUACAGAAUCAUGUCCAUGACGACGAAUGUGGUCAAGUGUCCGGACCCGCUCGUAGAUCAUCUCGAGGCGGUCGAUGCGAAUAGGGUGCGAGAUGCCAGGUUCUUCCCAGGUGUCCGUCGGGGAUCCACUCCUCGUGCAUCUCACACCCGAAAACACAACGCCACCGAAUACUCGCAAUCAUCGAUGGUCAAGAUGGGCGCUCCGCCGCUCCGGGUACCAGAACCGGCUGCAUCAUGA